CUCGAUCUGCUGAUAAACUGAAGGGAACUGGGGGCGUGACUUUCCGUGUGCUUGCUUACAUUUGGUAGAUUCCAGCAUGCUUUUUCUUCAUGUCUGCUUUCGUUUGUUAUUGUUUUGAUUCUCUCACCAUGUUAUCAAGCGCAUACCAAUGUAUGAGAAAGUAUGGAAUAUUGGACUGUUCUGAAUUGUGAUUUGAUGAGCGCGGUCCAAACUGCCUAAUCCCAUUUCCUUAUCCGGGAAUCACGAAGACUCGCGGGGACUCUCAUUGGCUGACGAUGUCACAUGGGCUCUUAACUUUGUUCACUUGACAGAAAGUAGGAGGGUUCUACGAAACAGGAAAACGACUAAAGGGAUACAUAUAAAUUUUAGUAUAUUUUGUGUGCAAUUCAAAGAAAUUAAUGGCCAUGAGUUCCUAUUUGAUCAACUCCAACUAUGUGGACCCAAAAUUUCCACCAUGCGAGGAAUACUCCCAGAGCGACUACCUACCAAGUCACUCUCCGGACUACUACAGCGCCCAGAGGCAAGACCCCUCGUUCCAGCAUGAGUCGAUCUACCACCAGCGGUCGGGCUGCGUCGACCCACCCUACUCAUCGUGCCAGGGUCCGGGACAGCCCGCUGCUGUAAUUUCACCGCGAGGUCACGUUUUACCCACAGCCGCACUCUCGACCCCUCUCCCCGAACCAAGCCAUCAUUGCGACUCGGUAACUCCAAGCCCUCCGCCUGCGUGCGGUCAGACUCCCACUAGCCAAAACACUUCUUCGGCCAUCUCAAGAAAAGAUCCCGUGGUAUACCCCUGGAUGAAAAAAGUCCAUGUAAACAUCGUGAGCCCGAACUAUUCAGGGGGUGAACCCAAGCGCUCACGCACAGCCUACACGCGACAGCAAGUCCUGGAGUUGGAGAAAGAGUUCCAUUAUAAUCGCUAUCUCACCCGCAGACGGAGAGUGGAGAUUGCCCAUACACUAUGCCUAUCCGAACGGCAGAUUAAGAUUUGGUUUCAGAACCGGAGAAUGAAGUGGAAGAAGGACCAUAAGCUUCCCAACACCAAAAUAAGAAGCAACUCUACCAGCACUAAUGCAAGCAGCGGCCCGACACUGGGCAGCAAUCAGAACCGAGCUAGCGGACCCCCGCCUAGUCUAUAGCCUUGCUUUGUGGCCCAAAAUAUGCACAAUUAUGAAAUCUCAGUUUCUGGAGUGUAGAGCGUGGAUUUCGCCGCGUUAUGUUUCCCUACUCUCCCCUGCACUCUCUUUAAUUACAGGGAUGAAAUACGAAGAAGUUGUGGGAAAAAAGGUGCAAGAAAAUGUCCAUCUUUUAAAUACUAAACUGGGUGAAGACUCGAACUCAAAUGCUACUGUAGAAGGGUUGCCCUCCCAGUCUGGUUCCCAUUUUAUCCCGUACACCUCUCCUGCUCACUCGACCCUUCUAAUAAAAACAGAAGGCGGCAGAUAGUUUUGGAGAAGAUGGAUCCGCGGUUCAUCUUUAAUCACGCCAAACUCGGCCCCAUUUGUCAUGUUUACUCUGUGGUACAAAGGAUGAACCGUAGGCCUGCCCAUUACCUCGACGUCCAGCGUUGUGCUUAAUAAAUGAGUAGCUCUGUUUUGUCAAGAAGCCUUUUCUAAGUCCCCUUAUUCCCCUGGAUUAAACAUAACUAGCCGAAUGUUUUUCAACUGAUAUGAAGUUUUGUAUUUUGUAUCCAUUACAUUAUCUUGCGUUUACUAUUUGCAUUUCGAAUGCAGUGCAUAUGGGACUAAGAGCUAUUGUGUGUGUGGUCCAUUUGUCGCUCAUUAAAAAUACAGGGACUCGUUUCACUCGCCACUGUCUGCCUAUUUACCGCAUUUCAAUUUUAGUGCAGCAAACGACUUGGUCGUUAUUCAGAUUAAAUAUAAUAUAAAAGCUGAAUGAAGCUGGACGGCUUGAAAUGCAUAACCAAAAUCGGUACAACGCAAAGCAUAUAAUGAGAGCACUGCUAAGUACUAUUUAAAUUACCUCAAUUGUAUUUUGUUUGUCUAGUUUUAUGAAGUAAUAAAUUUAAAUUCAUUUGACUUAAUAGCAAAUAUCUGCAAUAAGUAAACAGCAUUUGUUUGUAAGUUGAAAUGUAAUUUAAAUAUGGCUAAAGUUGUAUAGAGAAAAGGUGCGUAUAUUGCAUGAAUGCAUACACUAUAUUUUUGUUUAUUUUUAUUAUGUUACUAUCACCUCCUUUUGUGUUAUGGUAAAUAGACAUGCACACAUACCAUAUUUCGCUUUCUUUUUCUGUUUUUCUUAUUCUUUUAUGGUCUCU